GUGUAUUCCGCGGCGUUAUGGGAACACCACGCUUUCACACGCGUUUUGCGCACGACCUGAUCCUAUUGGAUGAGCAGUGCAGGGGAUAUUAGUGAUGUUAGAGAGAGAGGCGGUGGGAGGCGGGGAGCUCCUGUCUCUCCAACGGCAGACGCACAGCGCUCCUGAUCGCACUCUAGAUGCCUUUACAGCAGACGCACCUCUGUCAACUGUGAUGAUCGUUCCCCUCCCUCUCUUGUGCAGCGGAAGGCGAGAAGACUCCGAGGUUUAAUGCCAUUGCAGAACACGUGGAGAGCCUCUGUACUAGUCCCCGCGGCCGUGCGCCUUCCCUCCCCUCCCUCCCCCGCUGCCAUGGAGGAGCGCGCAGGCGGUGGUGCAGCGCUGGGGAAAAUGAGCGAGAGGUGCAGAGGAGGCAAUCAAUGAUUGCGCGGAGAGCUCCUGCGCGUCUUGGCAAGGUCGGAGCCGAGCGUGGAUGAGAUUAUGUCCGAGUGGAGACAGCAAGGACGGACUUUUCUGCUUCCUCUCCGGGGAUGCCCCCUGAAAAAACAAAAAAACAACAACAAGAGUUUCUCUCUCAGAGGCGACGAAGAUCCCUUUCCCUCCGUUUGCGCGAUCAUGCUUGAGCCUGUAUUUGUGACAAUCUCUUGUCGCUCCCACCUUGGAGAUGAAGUUUCCUCGCUUUGGAUGAUUUGUCGGUUCUGUCGCUCGCUGCCGAGGCUACCUAAGGUGAUUUAGAGGCUGCAGCAGCAGCAGCAGCAGCAGCAGCAGCGGGGGAUCCAGCUGUGUUUACUGGACGGUACGCAUCUGCCGCUGUCGCUGUCCAUGGUGCUGAAUCCGGGCUCCAGGAAUGGUGGAGACGCUGAGUAUCGCAGUGAUCGGUGCUCCCGGAGUGGGCAAAACUUCUAUAAUCCGCCAGUUCAUCUAUAACGAUUUCUCGGAGGCGUACACGCCGACCAGGAGCAGAUAUGUAUACAGACCCUCGGUCAUUCUGAACGGGAACAUGUAUGAGUUAAAGGUUUUGGACGUCCCGCCAAUCUCCUCCUUCCCAGCAAGUGCCAGUCAGGAAUGGCUGGAUCUGCGCUGCAGAGGCGUCCGCAACGCCAACGCUUACAUCCUGGUGUACGACAUCUGUUGUGUGGAGAGCUUUGAAUACGUGAAAAUGAUCAGACAGCAGAUAGUGGAGAACAGGACACAGGCAGAGAUGGCGCAUACAUGUCGAGGAACUAUAAACUUGGCCACAGCACACAUCGACACAGAGGAUGCCUGCAACAUUGUGUUGAGCAGUGGCGGACGCACAUACCACCUGAAGGCGAGCACUGAAGUAGAGCGGCAGAGAUGGGUUACCGCGCUGGAGUUGGCUAAAGCUAAAGCCAUCCGCAUGAUGAAUGAUCAGUCUGAUGACUCAGGAGAUGAGGAGCCCACAUCACAGACAGACCGCAGCGAGAUCCAGGGUACCCUGAAGGUACUUGUCAGCAAGCUUGAUGACCUUAGCACUUGUAAUGACCUAAUCGCCAAGCAUGGAGCCGCCCUGCAACGUUCCCUCAGUGAACUGGAAGGACUGAAAGUCCCAUUGGAUGGAGGGGAAAAGAUCAAGGCAGUUAACGAGAGAGCCACCCUCUUCCGCAUCACUUCCAAUGCUAUGAUCAAUGCAUGUCGAGACUUUUUGGACCUAGCUGAGACUCACAGCAGAAGACUGCAGCGGGCGCUGCAAUACGAGCGAGAGCAGCGUACCCACCUAGAGGAGACGAUCGAGCAGCUCGCGAAGCAGCACAACAGCCUUGAGCGAGCGUGGAGAGAAGCACCCACGCAUGCUUCCAGCACACCCAGUGCCCCAACCACCAGUCAGAGGAGUGAAAGGGUGAACAAAGAAGACGCAAGUGAUGAAGAUGAGGAUACUGAGUACUUUGAUGCCAUGGAUGACUCCACUGAGUUCAUAACAGUGACUGCCAGUGAAAGCACGCAACACAAGCGAUCUCAGAGUAAUUUAAGUGGAGCAAGCGGAGGCCAAGCCAGCGACUCUAACCAGGAAGACCAUAUGUCUCCGAUCUGUAAUGAUGUCUCAGCGAAAGAGCCGGUGCGAUGCAGGCAAAGCCGGACCCAAAUCCCAGACAAGCCCAAUUAUUCCCUAAAUUUAUGGAGCAUCAUGAAGAACUGCAUUGGAAAGGAGCUCUCUAAAAUCCCGAUGCCUGUGAACUUUAACGAGCCCCUGUCAAUGUUGCAACGUCUCACCGAGGACCUGGAGUAUCACGAGCUUCUAGACAAGGCGGCGCGCUGUGAGUCUUCCCUGGAGCAGAUGUGCCUAGUUGCGGCCUUUUCCGUUUCCUCGUACUCCACCACCGUCCACCGCACAGCCAAGCCCUUCAACCCUCUCCUGGGAGAGACCUACGAGCUCGACCGCCUGGAGGAAUUUGGCUACCGCUCACUGUGUGAGCAGGUGAGCCAUCACCCGCCUGCAGCUGCACAUCACGUGAUUUCCCGAAGAGGCUGGACCUUGAGGCAGGAAAUCACCAUUGCCAGCAAGUUCCGUGGCAAAUACCUCUCCAUUAUGCCUCUGGGUGUCAUUCACCUGCAUUUCCACUCCAGCGGGAACCACUAUGUGUGGCGAAAGGUCACAUCCACGGUGCACAACAUCAUUGUGGGGAGACUGUGGAUUGACCAGUCGGGAGACAUUGAAAUCAUCAAUCACACGACGAAGGAGACGUGCCAGCUGAAGUUUAUACCUUACAGUUAUUUCUCCAGGGAUGUCCCACGAAAGGUAACAGGUGUGGUAGCAGACAGUAGAGGCCAGGCUCAUUACAUCCUCUCUGGUACAUGGGAUGAAAAAAUGGAAAGUGCUAAGAUCAUUCAGAGCAGCGAAGGGGCCAGCGGAUCAGAAGGGAAGCAGAAGACAGUUUAUCAGACCUUACCCCCCAAACUCCUGUGGAAGAAAUACCCUCUACCGGAAAACGCUGAGAACAUGUACUACUUCUCUUCUCUGGCUCUGAUGCUGAACGAGCCGGAGGACGGGGUGGCGCUGACCGACAGCCGGCUGAGACCCGACCAGAGGCUGAUGGAGGACGGCCGGUGGGACGAGGCGAACGUUGAAAAACAGAGGCUAGAAGAGAAACAAAGAGCUGUGAGACGGCGAAGGGAAGCAGAGGCCACAGGUGCACUGCAUGAAGAGUGUGAUUAUGACUCUGGCAGAGACUAUGAAGGCUACCAGCCGCUGUGGUUUCACCAGAGGAGGGAGUCGAUCACUGGAGAGACAAACUUUGUGUACAAGGGAGGUUACUGGGAGUCGAAGGAGAGAGAGGACUGGAGCAUGUGCCCUGAAAUCUUUUAGCUCAGGAGCUCGUCUCGGACGACACCGACCUCACCGGACAAGGAGCCGCUCGGCCUCUGGGCUGCGGGCCGUAGAACAAAGCCGACUUGUGACCACCACAAGGAUCUAUAGGAGUGUGAGAAAGUGUAUUUCACACAAUAUCUGAUUACACAUUACCUCCAAAAGUGUUUUUGUUUAUUUUGAACAUAGAAGACAGGGCGUUCCCUCAGCAGUCCUCCCUGCACAGUGCUGAUUCUCUGCUGCUCCUCAAAUAAACUCAGUGCACUUUUCCAGAAUUCACUCCACUACAGACUAACAGCAGCUGGACAGAAAUUUCAUAUGAAUGCCGAUUCUUACUGGUCUGAAGAAAUUAUCAAGAGCCACACUGAAACACAACAGUGUUGAAUACACAUGUCAGUAUUUCCUCUUAAAGACAAACUUCCUCACAUGUCAAUCAGUAAAACCCUUAAUCUCAGUAAUCCCAGUUAACUAUAAAACCUAACUAACUCCCUGAUUACAUGGAGAAGAUUACAAUCAGGUUGAUUUACAAAAAAAGUUUUAAAAAUAGUGAUAAGACCGAUUAUAUGCUAUACACUGAACUACUGAACAGUUUAAAAUGCAGAUCAGACAGCUCAAGUGCAAUUAUAAGAAAAUCAUUAGAGAGGAAAACUGAAUUUUGAAGUAAAUAGUUUUUAAAAUAUGAACGCCAGGCUGCCAAAAAACUCUACUACAAUAUAUUAAAUAAGUAAAUAAUUAAGUGAAAGUAGUGAGUUAGUCAGAUUUUGUACAAAUAAUUUUUUUAUUUAAUUAAUUUGAUAUAUCACAUGCCAGAAAGCUAUUUUAUUUUAAGUGAAAGUUGGUGUUUCUCUUAACUCAUGACUAUAGAGAUGCAGUUUUUGUUUUUAGGAGACCCUUUAUGUAGUCAGAGAAAAAUGACAUUUAAUGGAUACUUUAUAUAAAUAUUUUAAGUUAAAGUUGCCUCUUUGAUCUGUCAUCCAAAGAUCCUUUAGAUAUUUUUCCAUUUGUGAUUGUGAUUAGCUAAAUUAUAUAGGAGUGGUGGAAACAUUUAGGUGGCACACAGUAUGUUUUUCAUUAGUGCCAGAUCAAAACAUUUAUUUCACAUUUACUGAACUCUUCAUUAAGACCUUUGAAAGCACUUUUCGCUGUGGUUGACUGGAACUGUGCUUCUCAACUUGUGAGUCGAGAACCUUGGCAACCAUAGAAUCAUUUUUGAACAAUGUAGAAAACAAUAGAUCAAAUGUUUUUACAUAUUGGAGUUGAAACUGUUUGUAAUCACCUUCACCAAUGUUAUGUCACUAAAUGAGGGCCGGUCAUUUCACCUCUUCGCCAAUUCUUAUCUUUGAAGCUUCUAUAAUUUCAUUUAUUCUGGUGAAGGAUAUUUUGCACCAAACAUGUUUCAGUUUCUACCCACCUGGAGAGCGUUUCAUACCUGCUUUCAUGACAAAUGGUUUAAAGUCAAUUCUGUCAUAAACAGAAAUGACUUUAUUGUAGAAAUAAUAUCUUAUUUCUACAAGAUAUCGUUGUAGAAAUAAUAUAUUGCUCAGGGCCUCCGGAGGUCCCAGUCCGCCAUAUUUUAUCAGCUUAAUGGCCUACAUUAAAUCAAUAUGAAUAGAAAAUGGUUUAAUUUCAAACUCUAUACAUAUACAAUCAUACAUGGGAGUUCACCAUUUAAUAACUAUCCCCAUAAUUUCCUAAUAAUCAAAACAAAAAUAGAAAGCUGUGCAGUGGUUAGGGUGUAUGACUAAAAUGUUUUUUUUUUUUUUUUUUUUUACAAGUUAUGAUAGAAUGUCAUGACUAGGUAUAGGUAAACAUGCAGAUUUGAAUUGAUGAAGUUGUGAAUUAACCUGUAGCCUCCUGAAUAGAUUUUAAUUGUCAGAUUUAAAUAGAGGGUGCAACUCAAGGGUUUAUCUGAUCAUAGAAUCAAAAACCUCAUUUUUGCACUUUUUUCUCAUUGACUUUAGAGCGACCAUUUUCACUUGUGCCAACAAUCACAGGCGUUGACCACGGUGUCGAAACUCUAAAAGGUUGUGAACCGCUGGACUAAAAGUGAGUGCAGAUGGCCUGAAUUGAUGUUUAGAAAUCUCCCCUCUGUGCAUGUUCUUUACCUUGUUUUCUGGUGCUCACACACAGCCUCGCCCUCUGUAACCCGUUGGUGAUUGUACAAAAAAAAAUCUGCACCUUAUCACUGACGCGUUUGUUGGUUAUUAGAUCAUUCAGCCUGCAACUUGUUGGUGUUUCUUACUCGAAUCCCACCAACUCUUCCACCAGCAGUGGCUCUGAGAUUAGAGGGAAUCCCGCCUGUGUGCGAGCCUGGAGCGGUCUGCGCGCGGCGCUGCAGGGGGAAUCAGCUGACAGGCGGGUAAAGUUGGUUGCAGAGGCAGACAGGGCUGGUUCCUGUUGCACUCCACUGUGCUGUCGGCUGCAGCCACAGAGGACUGCCUCAGCUGCUGCUGCUGCUGCUUCGACACCAAAUCAUAACUCCUUCACUGUUUGCGAACAUGCUGAUCUGGGAUCAGCACACAAAGAUACACAGAGUCUUUUUGCCUUUAACUGACUGAAUAAGGGAACGAGUCCCCUGACCUGUGCACUACGAGUCUAUGGUGACAAGAGUUUUAAAAAAAUUAGUUAGUAUUUUUUUGUAAUUAUUAUUAGGAAUGUAGAAAUCAUGGCUGGAGGUAAUUGUACCUACCGUCCAGUCAAUUUGUGUGAAUAUUUUGUCAUAAUAUUGUAAAAAUGAUGAAUAGUUCUACUAAACUAUGUAUGGAGCAUCUGUACAGAAAAUACAGAGAGCCUGAAGGAUUUAUUGUCACUUUUAACUUCUAACCUGAACUGAUUCUGUCUGAGUUAACCCUGAGAAACCUGUAAUUUGGCCAAAAAACUGUCUUAACACAAUAAAAUGUGCUUUUGAUAGAGUCCUUAAGGCUCACAUGUUAGAAAUGUUUUCCUCUGAUGUGAUGAUGUGGAGAAAAUAAUAUCCUUCCCAUUUGUCCUGAUUGAUUGAAGAAGAUUUUUGGUUUGAGAAUACAAGAUCAUAAAAUGAC